AUGGGAGACUCGCUUUUUGACAUCUUCGGAGACGCAACGAGGCUGGAGGUAAAAAAUGUAUCCCGACUACCGUUAUUGUCUAAUGAAAAUAUGGGAAAAACCAUAUCAUCUGGACCAAUGAAGCCUAAUGAACCUUCACAGCCUGUAAAGAAGAUUGAUACCAAUUUAAAGAGAUCAUUUCUAUCCAACACAGGAAAAGCCUUGCAAAGUACACCAAUCCAUCCAACCUUUACACCAGGAGUUAAAGUACGAUCUGUUAUUUACAGUGAUGACAAUAAUGCAGAAGCAGAAGAACUAUCAUUUGCAGAAAUAGAGUUCACUAGGCCAACUUACAGAUAUGACAACAAUGAAACUGAUAUGUUUGACUACCUCCCUCUUCCUGAGGUGAAGGUGUCAGUAACGUUGACUCCUCCUAAGACUCCACCACCACUCCUGAUGAAUAAACCAACCAUCAAUUUUGAUUGUUCAUAUGAUGAUGAUUUUUAUACAGAUGACUUCUCAAUUGACAGUCUGCCCGAGGUGGAUUUAAAUUUGCCUGAUUUAUUUUAA